AUGCGCUUCAAUUGCUAUGGAUUAUUGGGUCUCAUUCCUUUACUCUUUGUGUCGAUUUACGCGACUGCCCCACCGCUUCAAAUAGUGCCAACCACUUCAUGCGUCGGCGUCGAGAGAACCAUACUCGAACCACCGCACAGCCCAGGUGCUUUGUCAUUUCAAGAAAAUCACGAAACAGAUCUGGGGGCAGUCAUCCACAAGAAAGCAAACCUAGUUCUGGACAAUUUGAUUAGUGAGGCUCAAAAGACGCCCCCGUCCGUAGAAAUUGGUUUUCUUGCCCAGGCUAUCGAUCAUCACGGGGGGUUCACUACCCAACGCAAGCAAAUAAGGAAUCAUGCUGCUUUUGAGAUGAUAGGAAAGGCUUUGAACUUUAGGGCUCUCUACCAGGUUGCUGGCAAAUCCGAGCAAGAUUACAUGGACCGGAUCAUAGACACCCCACCAGCCAAAAUCCGUGAGACCAUUUCGAAGAUUGACCGGCUUUUCGCCGCCAGUUUCUCAGCAGGAACUCUGGACGAUGUUGCCAGGGAGAAGAUCCUACAAAAAACCCAAAGGUUUCGCAAUAAGUUUGAAACUAUUUUUGAUGCGUUUUACUCCGAGGAGAUUGAGAAAAUGAUUCUGGAGGAAAAAGAUUCGAAAUGGAUGGAACCGUCUGUUACAAUUCAAAACUUCCACCAGAAACUUAUCGCGAUUGAGGAGUGGAACCAGAAAGUUUUGAUCUCAAAGCUGCAUGCAAAACUAGACCGGGCGCUGGAGCCUUACUAUCAACCGGAAAGAUACGAACAACCACUCAAAAAGUGGAAUCAGAAUCAACAGUCAAUUGACGAGUGGAAUCAGAAGACUUUAAUCUCAAGCUUGUAUCCAAAACUCGACACGCUAUUUCGGGCGAUUGCUUCCCACCGGAACUAUCGCAUAGAACCAUAUCGCCCACCUUCUGAGGAGUGGAGCCCAGAGACCUUAAUUUUAAAAUUGCCUACAACACUUCACAUAUAUAUUCGACAAGGUUCCUCCUAUGCAAGUUAUCAGCCAGAUAAUUAUUACCCAUUGAUGAAUAAUUGGGACCGGAUGGCUUUAAUAUUGAAGCUUCAAAAGAAAAUUCAAAGUCUGCUGGAUGAACUCUCUUUCUUUCCAAAGCCAGAGUACCAAAAAAAGAUUGUCCGCUUCCAGCGACGGCGUCCGGGUUGCUUUGGCUGGUAA